ACAGCUCCAUGAACUUGGUCUCCGCUAAUGUUGUUUUAGUUUAAAAACAGCUAUCACUGAUUAAUGAUGUAUUAUCAAAGAAUUAUUCUUCGUCAGUCUCCAGCACUGGCACUUAACCAAUUGAAACCGCUUCGGGCAAUUGCGCAGUUUAAUAUCAAGACCGAAGAAACGAUAAAUGAUGUCACCCAGUCACAAGAAUGGUCACAAGCGAAGCCGUUCACAACAAUUCCAGGCCCAACUAAGUUUCAAUUGAUUCGAGGAUUUUUACCUGGAGGGGUGUUCCAUAAAACGUCUUUAAAUGACUUUGCCGUAUUGGUUCGACAGAUGUAUGGUGAUCUGGCAUUGGUUCCGGGGGUUUUUGGCAAGAAAGACAUUCUGAUGUCUUACAAUCCCGAUGAUUUUCGUACUGCGAUUCGUUCCGAAGGUGUUUGGCCAAGACGUCGUCUUAUGGAGACCUUAUCUUACCACCGAAGUGUCCAUAGAAAAGAUGAUUUCAAUGAUAUGAUAGGUCUUCUCGGAACAAACGAUGAAGCUUGGAGUAAGAUUCGAUCAGCCGUUAAUCCAGUUUUAAUGCAGCCUCGGAAUGCAAGGCUCUAUCUUAACAAAAUGCUAGAAGUAAACAAUGAAUUCUUACAAAGGAUUCGAGAAAUUCGUGAUCCGAAAACCCUGGAAAUGCCAGAAACUUUUGAAGAUGAAAUCAAUCGCUUGACUUUCGAAUCAAUAGCUGUUGUAGCACUCAAUCGACAGAUCGGUCUUAUUCGCAGAGAUCGCGAUAAUGCUGAUGCAAAGAGACUUUUUAAGGUCCUUCGUAACUUUUUCGAUCUAGUGCUUUAUUUGGAUAUCAAUCCAUCGAUUUGGAAGGUCGUUAAGACCCCAGCAUUUCAUAGAAUGAUGAAAAACUAUGACGAGAUGUACGACAUCAUUAUAAAGUAUAUAAACGAAGCUCUUGAGAGGAUUGAAAGUGAUACUUCCAGAGCUAAUGUCGAUGAGGAUGAAGAGAAGAGUAUUUUGGAGAAACUCCUCAAGAUUGACAAGAAAAUAGCAAUUGUAAUGGCCUUGGAUCUUCUGAUGGCUGGAGUCGAUACAACCAGUACAACUAUGACAGGCAUUCUUCUCUGCCUAGCCAAGAAUCCAGAGAAACAAGAAAAACUCCGACAAGAACUACGCACAAUCCUCCCUGAAAAGGACUCAUUGCUUACCCUCGACAGUAUGAAGAAUUUGCCCUACUUAAGGGCCUGCAUUAAAGAGGGCAUGCGCAUCUAUCCGAUUUCUUUGGGCAUUAUGCGAACAAAUGAGGAGGAAAUUAUUUUGAGCGGCUAUCAAGUCGAGAAGAAUCAGGACAUUUUACUUGCGAAUAAUUUAUUACUCAUGGAAGAUAGAUACAUUCCAAGGGCAAAGGAGUUUUUGCCAGAAAGAUGGUUACGUGAGGAGAAAGGUAAUCACGGCACCAUUGAUCCAUUUAUGUAUGUUCCAUUUGGACAUGGAGCUAGAAGUUGUGUGGGAAGGCGACUUGUUGAAUUGGAAAUAGAAAUAACAGUUUCGCGAUUGGUGAGAAAUUUCAAUAUGGAAUUUAACUAUUCAACUGAAAAAGCUUUCAAGAACCACCUGAUUAACGUUCCAGCAAUACCGCUUAAAUUUAAAAUGAGUGAAGUUGAAAAUUAAGACAAAAUUAGUUAAAUUUAUAAAAUAUAUUUAAAAACACUGAAACUAUCGUAAAAAUUAAUGUUAAAAUAAAAUAAUUAAAUUGAAUUUAUUAUAAAAAAAAAAUUAA